AUGGCUAAAAAGAAGAAUAAUAAUAAGAAUAAGAAUUCAGCCUCUUCGGCAACAACACCAGUUUCACCAGUGAGUGAAGUCAGUGAGGAUAAUAGUAUUGAAGAAACUGUUACAUCAUCAACAACAAUGGAAGAGGAACAAACAGUAUCAACAACAACUCAAGAAUCUACAAUUGAUGAAGCCUCCACAAUAACUUCUACCACUGAACAACAAGAAGAAGAAGAAGCCUCUGAUAAAAUUCAACAACCUGAAGAAGUAAAUUCAUCAUCUACAACAACAGCCAUUGUUACUGAAGGAAUACCAACAACUAACACUGUUGAAACAUCUGAUUCUAUUACUACUACUAAUACUAAUACUACUACUAUUGAUAAUAACAUUCCAACAAGUAGUACAACAACAACAACAAUUGAAGAAGAAGAAGAAAAAACAAAUCAAAAAAGUGAAGAAGAAAUUAUAACAGAAGAAAUUGAAAAAUUAAAAGAAGAUUUAACUGAUCGUGUUAAAGUAGUAAGAGAAGAAUUAGAAUUACAAUAUGAAAUUGAAAUUAAAAAAUUACAAAUUGAUCAUCAAGAAUCUUUAAAAAAACAAUUAGAUUUAUAUGAAAAUAAGAUUAAUUCACUUGUUGAAACUCAUAAAUAUGAAAUUGAACAAUUAAAUGCUCAAUUAAAACAAAAAGAUGAAGAAAAUUUAAAUGAAUUGGAAAAUAUUAAAUUAUUAGAAAUUAAAUUACAAGAUCAAUUAAAUGAAAAUAAUUCUAAAGAUUUAAUAAUUAAUAAUUUAAAUAAUAAUAUUGAAAAUUUAAAUAAUAAUAUUAAUAAUUUAAAAAAUGAAAUUGAAAUUAAAAAAUCUGAAUUAAAAGAAAAAAAUGAAAAUUCAAAUGAAUUAAAUGAAACUAUUAAAAAACAUUUAGAAAAAAUUCAAAAUUUAGAAAGAGAAGAAUUAAAUUCAUUACAAAAAAUUAAUCAUUUAAAUCAACAAUUAAAAACAACAAGUGAAAAGAAUUCUGAAUAUGAAAAUAGAAUUUUACAAUUAGAAGAAGAAUUAAAAUCACAAAAAGAAAAUGAAACAAUUAUUUUACAUAAAUAUUAUCAUCAUGCUUUAUUAGCUGUAAAAUUAACUUUAUCAAAUAUUAAUUUUUCAGUUCCAGAUUUGUUAGAUGAUUGUAUUAAAGAACAAGUUAAAGAAGAAGAUUUAGAUUCUUGGAUUACAAAGAAAUUAGAAUUACAAAAUUAA